AUGUCUGUCAAAGGUGCCAUCGUUCUCUCACUGGGUCUUUUGGCCAGCUUGGUUUCAGCAGCACCCACGGUGGCCACGGCUAGCACGUACGACACAAAUCUUCUCUGGUUUCUCGAGAAUGUAGACCCAAAUGAAGUGGAAAUCACCCCAGGUCCCGGCCUCUCGCAAGCUGUGAACAUCUCUAGCCACGAUCUUUUCGAUAUUGAUUGGCGAGCAAAGAACGGCCUCCCUGAUCCUCGUACCUCAUCACCUGUGGCACGUUCUCUGUUCGAGAAGAGAGUAAAUCUCCAAUGCUGGUACGACAACUCGCGUGGAAACAUGCAAGGAGCAUACAGCAACCAUGACUACCUCAUGGCGAUUGGUAAUCAGGGCGUUCAAUGCAAUGUCUAUGGGCAAUGGGUUCUGCAGAACUUUUACAGCGCUACGGCUUAUGGUGUGAGGACCACAGCCGAUGGUCUGGCGAAUACAGGCAGCUCUGCUUCUAGCAAUUGUGCGGAUGUGGCCAGAGGUCUGGAGCCGAUCAUGGAAAGUUGCCAUCCUUCUUGCUUCAGUAGGUGGUCUCCUAAACAUUGCGCCCCUCAUAAUCUUCCCUCAUAAUGGUCAGUGCUGGUGGUAUGUUACUCAGACCAGAACACAUUUGAUUGUCUUUUUUUCG